CAGUAGCAUCGGUGGACUAUUCCUGUUCUUAAGCGGCGGCAAUGGCGGCCAAAAUGGCGGCGGCGCUGCUGUAGCUGUCGCUGUUACUGCCGUUGCUGGUCUCGCUGUAUUUGCCGCCAUUGCUUAUACUCGUAGGUAAAAUUUUACUCUAAUAAAACCUCCCCCAAUUUUUUUUUUGGUUUGUUUGUGUAAUUUGAUUACUAUGAACCCUAGAUUUAGUUGGUGAUUGAUGUUUAGGAAGAUCCUCAGAAAUUAAUUUGUUUCUUUUUUUUUAGGGGGAGGGUUAGGGUUAGGUUAGAAUUAGGGAUUUUUUCUGGGUUUUGUAUAUUUAUAGUAGAUGAAAGCUCUUAGACGAAGCCAUACUUGUUCUUCUUCUCCUUCUUCAUCGUCGAAAUCAUCCCCAUCAUCAUCUAAUUCGAAAAAACAUCAUUAUUCACCAUCCUCAUCAUCAUCGUCGUCGCCGUUGUCGUUGUCGUGGGUUCAUUUGCGAUCGGCUUUAUUCGUUGUUGCUUCUUCCUCACCGGCAUCUUCUUCUUCCCAUCGUGGUCAACUUAAGUCACCAUGGUCUCGCAAGAGAAGGAAACAUCCCCUCACACCACAGCAAUGGAUAAAUUCGUUUACACCUGAUGGGAAACUUCAGGAUGGUGGAAUACAGCUUUUGAAAAAAGUUCGAAGUGGAGGUAUUGAUCCCAGCAUCAGAGCAGAGGUUUGGCCUUUCCUUCUUGGCGUCUAUGAUUUGAAUAGCUCAAAAGAAGAAAGAGAUCUGGUCAGAAAUACAAACAGAAAGGAGUAUGAGAAACUCAGAAGACAGAGUAGACGACUACUAAAACAAACUGAUGAGAAUUUAUUGAAUAGCAAUGGGAGUUGUUUGAGCUCCAAUUCAGAGCCCAGUUCACCUGCCUCAGAAGAUGUUGUUAGUGCUCGCGAAUCCCUCUCCAGUGAGAAGGGAAGUUCUGAUCUUGAGUUUUCAGAAAAUCAUUCCAGUUCAGUAUUGGAUAGGACUAGUAGCUCCCAACGGGUCACAAGUUCUAGUCCUUCUGUAAUCUGCAGUGAUUCAUCUGACGUGGAGUCAUCUGUAGAUGAGCAAUUUGAUGAAGUUUCUUCUCCAUUCGACCAAGAAAAUGAUGCUGAUGCAGUUUCAAAGGGUGAUCUUUCCCCUUCUAAGACAGAUCCACAGUCUAAUGUCUGUCGCACUGAAGAUUUUGCUAGUUGGCAGCGCAUUAUUCGUCUUGAUGCUGUGCGGGCCAAUGCAGAGUGGAAGGAUUAUUCUCCUUCUCAGGCUGCAGUAUCAGAAGACCGAGCACGUCGUUCUGCUGAAGCUGUAGGACUUAAAGAUUAUGACCACCUUGAGUCGUGCAGAAUUUACCAUGCUGCUCGGUUGGUAGCGAUACUUGAAGCCUAUGCUAUCUAUGACUCAGAUAUUGGUUACUGUCAAGGCAUGAGUGAUCUUCUUUCCCCAAUAAUCUCAGUGAUAGAGGAGGACCAUAUGGCAUUUUGGUGCUUUGUGGGUUUUAUGAAGAAGGCUCGGCAUAACUUUAGGCUUGAUGAGGUGGGAAUUCGUCGGCAACUUAAUAUUGUGGCCAAAAUUAUAAAACACAAGGACUCUCAUUUAUAUAAACACUUGGUAAAGCUCCAGGCAGAGGAUUGUUUCUUUGUGUACAGGAUGGUGGUUGUCUUGUUUAGGAGGGAGCUGAAUUUUGAGCAGACACUUUGCCUGUGGGAAGUGAUGUGGGCUGAUCAGGCUGCGCUCAGGGCUGGGGUUGGCAAGUCUGCAUGGAGCAGAAUAAGACAACGGGCUCCACCGACUGAGGACCUGCUGUUGUAUGCUAUUGCUGCUUCUGUGUUGCAGAGGAGAAAACAAAUUGUAGAGAAGUACAGUAGCAUGGAUGAGAUAUUGCGGGAGUGUAAUAACAUGGCUGGACACCUUGAUAUCUGGAAACUCUUAGAUGGUGCACAUGAUCUGGUAAUGACUCUUCAUGAUAAAAUUGGUUCAACCUUUUAAGUGAUGGUUGCUUCAUAUCGGUCUUUCUUCCAAUUUGGGCCUAAUCUGUUGUUGUAGCACAUGGUACAGGGCCGUGAUUGAAAAUGUAUGAGCCUAAGGCGAAUUUCUGUAAGGUCUCAUCUUGUGUAAUUUGGGUCUUUGAUUUUCCCUAUAUUUCGAGGUGGAAAAAAUAAAUUGUUCAAAUUGAGAAAUUUUGCAAUUUAACUAACGGCUCUGUUUGGUUUGAAGGAAAACAUAUUCGAAGGAAAA